UCAGUACUUUGCUAAUAUCUUUUGAAGGAGUAAGGGGCUGGGGUAACCAAUUCUUGGAAAUUGCAUUUGAAUUCAAGUUUAACUUGUCAGCUAUAAUAACCCAUCACCCAUGUAUCCAUCUGUUGUGGAUCGAUAUUUUCAAAAGUUUUAUCAUGUUGGUAAAGCCAAUGAAGAUCUUUGCAUUUUAGCACAUUCAAAUAGAAUUUGUCUUGUCACUUUGGUACCAGACCACAAAGCGCUGUCUGAAGGUCCAAUAACGAGUGUUAGCUAUGUAAUUAAUGGCAAAGAUCUUGGUGCAGAGAAUAAAGUACAUGGGAAAAAGAAAUUAGAUGCUUUUAAAGUAUACCCAGAAACCAACAUUUGUGAAAUUGUGUCUGGUGCAGGAAAUAAAUAUACAAUUAAAAGUGGCGUUUUUGGUAAGUUAUGUGAAACUAACGUAAACCUGUUGAAAGAUACAACAAUUUUAGACAAAAUGCCAGAAACUAACGGCUAUAUUGCUAUCAUCCUUCACAAGUUUGGCACUGAUAUUUGUUCUAAUCUGCUGACCGAAGAACAAUAUCUCCAAUCGAAAAAACAAGGCAAAACGGAAUAUGACUCGAUUAUCCAAGAAAGUGUGACGUAGAGAACCAUUUCACCGGAGUCACCCGAGUGGCGAGUUUAUUCGCUGAGUAGAAAAACAAAAGAUAGAUGAAAAGAAGUUGAGCACUUGUAGUGUUUGUAGAUUUCACAAGAUUUGUUUUAAUGCGUUUUAUAUGAUAGCACCAUGUGUAGAGUAAUAAGAACUUCAUCUUUGUCAAAA